AUCUUUGCUCCUCAGUUGUAACAGAUAGGGUGUCAUUGAUGGCAAUGGAGGAAGGUAGUUGGAACCAUCUGCCAAGUGUCAUUUUGUUAGAAGUUUUCACUUAUUUGUCUCAAAAAGAGAGAAUUAGAGCUUCAUCGACGUGUAAGCAAUGGCGAGGUACACUGUUUCAUUCCAGCUUCUGGCCUACAGUCCAUUUUAGGCUUAAAACUAAAGAUGAAGAUAGUGUGUUACGAACUCGGUACCAGCUUAAACAUUUUGCAACGAAAUUGCGUAAUGCUACAAUCAGCUUUGACGCGAUGGAUUUGAUUUGUGUACAGGAGGCUGCAAGAAUAAUACAAACACUUCGUAAGAAUGAAUUUCUUCGACGUCUUUCCUUACAGCCAAGUCAUUGCAGGUUUGAAGUUCCUGACAGAUUUGCUGGUGAUAGGAUAACUUUUAUCGAAAGACACUUUAUGAAGCCAUUACAACAGCUGAUGCAGAACUGCCGCAGUAUUGAGUUUCUAGAUUUGGGUUGCUUGGAGGAGAUAUGCCAACACGCAUCAAAGCUUACGUAUAUCUUGGGUCAGAAUCAUGCCCGUUCUCUUCAUCAUUUGAGGCUUGCCUCAAUCAAGGAUGAUCCUGAAUGCUACCUUCUGGAUGAACUGCCUCCAGCACUCUUUCGGCCCUUCCAAAUGUUACAGGUGCUAAGUGUUGACUAUGACUAUUUGAGUGAUGAAAUGUUGCCAGUCAUCAGCAACCUUGGUCUCAGGCAGUUUAUAAUCCAUGUUCAUGGAGUUGAAGAGGACCAUCCUGGUAUACCUGAUUCAGCAUGGGCUGAAUUUGCAAAUCACAACCCUUCAUGUGAAGUACAUCUCAUCCUCAUUCAUGCCUAUGAUGCUGUGGAAAUUUUGGAUUCGACCAUUUUCAGGCCGAGCAUGCCACUUUCAUUCUUAAAAGUGUUUUUUUGUGAGAAUAUGAAUUACACAGCACUGCAACGGAUUUCACUCUGGUACUAUAACACUCUGCAAUCGCUGUGGUGGAUUGACUCAAUUGGUGCAACUUCCAACAGCUUCUGCCUUGUAGAGCCAUCUGUGGAACCUAUUGCUCAGCCUGAUCCCCUGGUAAUGAUGGCUUGGCGGUGUACCAAACUGAAGGAGCUGGUCUUCCUCGGCUACAAGUAUUAUGAGGAUGACUUGAUUGCCAUAGCAAGGCUGAGAGGUAGUGGAUUGCAGAAAUUUGAAAUCCACGCACAAGACAUUUUACGCGUGUCUGAUGUUCCUAAUGCCCUGGAAUUUGAAAUCAGCAGAGAAUUGAAGAGAACCUGGGCCCCACUGGACGAUGUUACAUUACCUGAGGUUAUACUCAACCCUAUCCUGGGAGAUUCUGAUGAGUACAUCCUGCAGGUACUGAGAGAUACUGAAACAGCAUAAUGAAACUAUUCUUGUAGGAAAUCUCGGCUCAGCUAAUAUUCUGUGAGUAGAAUAUGCAUACUGUAGCAAGAGCACCUCAUGCAUCUAGGCAUUUACUCUGCAGCAUUACUUAGUGGUCAACACAAACUGCUCACUGCAAGAAUCUGUAAUCCGCUGUCAAAUAUGAGCUGCUGCAGAUACAAUGUGGUAUAUCUUUUAAGUAAAUUUAAAACAUUUACUCUGUGGUCACUUGGAGCAAAAUAUUUUAUUGUCAAGAAGAACAAUACAGUUCAGUUUUAUUGGUGAUUAUAUCCACAGGAGUCAUUUGAACUGGUUGUGAAUAGGGCAAUAAGCUUACGCGCAUGCCUGUUUAUCUGAUGAUUUGCUGAAAGCAACUUUUAUUUGUUGUGGAGGCUUCCUGGUACAAUCUGUGAUAAAUUUAAAAUGGUCUACAUACUUUUCCAUUUAAUCGACAAAUAAAAAUUGUUAAAACUUACAGGUCUCGGUAUAUGUAUGGGACACAGAAUUUUAUGUUGAAUACAGUGUUAUGGUUAUUUAUGUAUUCCUACAUGACCAGUUUUGUCACCUGUAUCAGAAAAGUGUACAGAGUCAACUGAGAUGAGCUACAAUCAAUGUAUAGCAUCUAAAACAUUUUAUUUGUUUGUCUCAACUGUUUUAAGUUAAAUGACUGUGGUAAUGUUUGCCAGGGUUCCAGGUGCAAUUAUUAAACCAGUUAACUUGUAUGUGCAUAACUUGAGCACAUAGCCUUCUCUCUCCUGAUUUGUUUUGCAUGCUACAAUUAUAAGCAUGUCAUUGUACUUUUUAUAUCUUCAUCAGACCUGUUUUGCAGAAGAUAUGUGCAUUCCUUGGGGAAGACAUUUAAAGGCUUAGGAAGUGAGCAGUUAUUUAUUUACAACCACUAGUCUAAAUGAAGAAAGAUGUAGUGAAAUGUACUUUUUAUGGUGCUGUGCCUGAGAUUUUGAAAGAUAACCACUAAACCAUUAAUGUUAAAUUGUUGGGUUCAGGAGCCAGUUAAAAGGAGGGUGUAUAAUAUAUCAUUCCAAUAAUCACCGAAGACUUAUGUAAGCAGUUCUGUGCAAGUUUGAGAACAUUUUGUACACUAUAUUAGUGAAGGUGUGUGGAUUAAUAUUGUAAAACAAAUGCACAAAGACUGUUUCAUUUUGCCAGCUAUUAAUAUUGAGUCUGUGCAAUGUGACAAAAGUAGUCACAAAAUUAUACUGUUGGGAUCAAUGUAGAUGUUUUUGACACUUGGGAAGUCUGCAUUAAUAAUAUUUUGAGAAAUGUCUUAGAUUAAAUAUAGUUAACAUGAUUGCCUAUGUCAUUCAAGGCAUUGGGUGUAUAACAUCUGUGAUAUCUUAGGAAUUAGAGUUCAACAGCAAACUAAUGGGGUUGCAAUAUGUCCCCUUCCUAAUAACAUUAAGUCACGUCCAGAGAUGUAAGGUGCAUACUAUGAAUAAACGUAUCUGUAGUGUGUUUGAUCGUUAUCGUUUCCUAUUUUGAUGUCCUUUACAGUUAUAUAUUUUUAAUUGAUGCAGUUUGUUUAUGAGAUACUGUUUGUAAACAACAGUUGUGAAGUUCCACAUGCCUCGGAUGCAGCUUUUAAAGUAGUUGUAUGUGUGUUGAGUAUAAAAGUGCUUUUAAUAUUGUGUAGUAAUAAGUGUAUCGGAAUACAGAGAUGUGGAAACAUUAAAGUUUGGAGAUUAUAAGAAAUAGGUUUUAAAUAGAAAUUUAUGAUGCAAGUGCUCUCUUCCUGUUGGCUGCCCAUUAUAGAAUCUCAGGAGACACCUGAUCGUUACAUCUAGUCAGGAAAUGCUGGAGACACACUACAUAAUGCAGAAAAUAUGACUCAUUUACAUUAUUGUGUGGAAGUUUGGUAUCUACAUACAUACAUACAUUCACAAUUAGAUUCAAUAAAUAUUGUUGCAAACUGUACUAAAAAAAUGUAGACUGCUGAGGUUAUACACAAGUAAUGUGUUCUUUCCAAGAAAGACUGAUUUAUUAUAUUAAGAACCAUGGUUUGAUGGGAAUUAGAAAACAGCAACUAGAAAUUGUCUACACCUUUACCCAUUCCUAUAAAAUGUUACUGAUUUGCCUUGAGAAAAAGUACUGAAAAUGAACUUCCUAGUGUUGUUCAUAUAAGUUAAUAGCUUAAUUUAGUUCAUAUUAUCACCCUCCAUUACAUUUCAUUUAUAGGGCUAAGAAUCUAUACUGGUUUAUAGAACAUCAGAGCUCAGCUAUUGUCUGCCUAUUGCUGAAGAUAAGAUAUUCAUUUAUAAAAGUAUAAAUUUAAUGUUGCAGUGUUUUCAGUUGUUCCAAAGUAUUGAAGUGAAUUUGAUUUUUGCUGAUCUCCUACACUCCUCCCCUCUCCCCACUCGCUUUCUCUCCCCCCACCCCCCACAAAUGCACACAACUUCAAACACUUGGAAAAUUACCUAUUUGAAAAGUGCCAUAAAACAAUAAAAUAUUUGUAAUACUAUCUACACUGCAACUUUAAAUUCCACAAUGGCACAACAGACUGAAACUGUGGUUCACAUGACAUUAAAUGCUCAGGGGCAGCCGGCAGUUGAGUUCAAUGACAUUCUUAUGUAUCAGUCUCAACCUUGUAGCCAUUUAAUGUUUCCAUAUUCUAAAAAAGAGUCAUUUAGAAGAGAAUUUAUUUUUAUUUACCAUACUGCCAUAUUUUACAUAAUGCACUGAAAAGUAAAUUUUAAGCAGAAAAUAUAUUAAAGAUCAAAGAUCCUAAAGUACAAGCACACUGCAGAAUUUUUAUGUUGUAUGGAGAUGUAUUUAAACAACCGUGGUGAGCAUAAAUGGUUGUGCAACAUGGAGAAUAAAAAGCUAAUAGAAUUCAGCUGAACUGAAGGGUGCACAUCAGGUACAUUGUAGUUAUUAGACAGCGGGACUUAAAACUAGAAUAAAAGAGAACACCGUUUUGUUACUGGAAUUGUUCUGAAUCACUACAUUUUUAUAACUACAAGGUUCAGUGUGUGUACAUCUAUUGGUUUUUUAUUAAUCCUUUCUAAGAAGAUGCCUUAAUGAUAUUUGUAUGUGAUUUAAAUUUACAUCAGUACAUACUGUGAGCGUUCCGUUUAUGAAUGUGAGCAGUGGGGCAUCACUUUCGAUCUUUAAAGACUUUGUCAUCAGUAUUAGGAAGCUCACUAGUAAAGAAAUAUACAGCAGUAUUAUGCCUUGAUAGCAUGUAUCCCUCAAACAUUUGUGGAUAUAAGAAUAUAGAGGGCCUUAUUUUUGUUACUAACUUUUGUAAAUCAUCAUUCCAAGAAGUCUUUUUUUCCUUUUUUAAUUAGACUAUAGAAGAUUUGACUUGUUUGCUCUUUGGAAUGGUGAGUUGAGAAGUACCUGACAUCUUUACAAAUGCACAUGUGAAAUCUGUGUAAUUAUGAUUUUAAAUGUAGCUGUGGUGUAUAUAAAUGUGAUUGCUGUUUACAUCGGUAUCAGUAGUUGAUGAUGGGAUGCACAGAAAAAUACAAAAUUGUUUUCAUUAAAAGGAUGUUGCGAAGUUUUAUCUUUUGUACUGUAUUUCGCUAGUCAGUGUCGGGCCUGUACGAGGUAAAAGACCUAUUGUUACCUUUUAUACAUAUAGAAACUGUAUGAAAGAUGUAUUAACUCAUCCAUAUAAACAUACAACUUAACAGGAAAUGGUUGGCUAGAAAUUUUCUCUUUGGACAGCUUAAAAUUUAUAGUUGAUUGUACUGGGAAAAAUAAUUGAUUAAUAAAAACAUGUAUCAUGUCUUCCCGUAGCCAACGAAACAAGAUAUUUGCCAUUAAUAAGCUAUCCACUAAGGACCAGACAGUACCUACAAAAAAUAGUUUUUUGUUAAUAAGUUACAAUGAAUAAAAAGUGUGUGUGUGUGUGUGUGUGUGUGUGUGUGUGUGUGUGUGUGUGUGUGUGUGUGUGUGUGUGUGUGGGCGCGCACGGGUGCUCACAUGUGCUUUUACAUGUAGAUUACUGCUGUAAUAGAGCACUGAUUUUUCAUAGUUGUCCUUGUGAAUUUUUAAGAUUGAUUUCAGAACUGGAGAGGUGUAGAAAAUAAUAACUGUGAUUAAUUACUAGAACAUUUAAAAAAAAUGAGAUGCUAAAUAAUUGCCAUCAAAAUGGACAAUGUAAAUUUGAAAUACCAUAAUAAAAGUAUGAUAGCAGUGUGAUAACUAACAGGUUUUUGUGUUGACUUUUGUAAAAAUUACUAGAACACUUUAUGCAGAGGGGGCAAGGAAUAUAUCAUGUUAUUGGGUCCUUUAUUUACUUGUACAUAUCAGAUCAGUAGAGAUUAUCCUGCCAAUAAAACUAUUUGAUCCCAUUACGGCACCUUGUAUUUUGUGAGGUAGUAGAAAUGCCUUCUUGUCUCACAAUUCUUCUACUAAUAGCAUUUUUUGCAUCCAAGCCAUUUUCAUUUGGUUUUCUCCACACUAAUGUAUGUAGGUUUCUGUAUUUGUUACUCAGACAGUACAUGUAUAUUCUAUAAAUAACACAUUUGUACUUCACGCUGUUUCUCCUUGCAGACUUGUUUCUUGAAAAGAAGUAAAAACUGAAGCUGAAGCUUAGAUAGUUGUAUUCUCUCUCUCUCUCUCUCUCUCUCUCUCUCUCUCUCUCUCUCUCUCUCUCUCUGUGUGUGUGUGUGUGUGUGUGUGUGUGUGUGUGUGUGUGUGUGUGUGUGUGUGUGUGUGUGUUUUGGGAGAAGUGCAGUUUUCUUGUAGAGACAUUCUUGUAUUUGAGUGUUUGAUUGGAUUUUUGUGAAUGGCUCUUGUAAUAUGACAUUCUGACAAUGCUGUUUAUGUUUGUUGCCAUUCUAUGUAUUUGGAAGAUCUUAAUAUCCUUUGAUCAGUGUAACAUUUUUAGGUGAUAAGAGCCUAGAUUAGAUUAAAUGUGCAGUGAAAUAGCAUCAUAAAGAAUGGUGACACUUAAGUAUCAAAGUUGUGAACUGAUCCAGUGAAAUGUUUUGGAUUUAAAAAGGCAGCAUUUGUUUAUAGUAGAAAACUUUUAGUUAUAUUGGAAAUAUGAACUCACACGAACUUUCAGUGAAUUUUGUACAUUAAAACUUCCAAAGAGGCAGAAUGACUGACUGACUGACUGACUGACUGACUGAUCGACUGUUGAUUGAAAGAAACUGAACAGUAAUCAGGUUGUAUAGGUUGUGUAACUGCAUGAUCUUAAUUCAGACCAGAGGUUUAUGAUUUAGCACAGUCCUUGAACUGUGGGGUACAAUUCAUAUUCACGUUUCAACUCUUCUAUCCAUAUGAGGUUGUUGCUGUUGUAUGUAAAAUGCAUGUCUGUUGUAUUUUAGAUCUGCAAAUUUCUCUUGUCCUAUAUAUGUGUCAGCCUUGUGUAUAGUUGGUGUAGCAGUACUGUUGUAUAGUACACAGUCAGGUGUUUCCAGCUUAAAAUGUUGUAAAAGUUUUAGACUGGAACAACUGAAUCAUAAUUUUUAAAUGUAGCUUCUGAAAUAAAGCAGGAUAGCAAUAGCUCCACUUAAUUACAGCAUAGAUAUGCCACCAUGUUGAAAGAUUUUAAAAUUGACUGAUGAAUUAUCAAGAAAAAUAAAGUUUCAUAAGAAUGACAAGAAGAUAAUCAAUGCUAUAGUGGGUAGUGAAGUUGCUAUACUUCCUGAACCAGCCAGCAUACACAAUAGCCAAGUGCCGCCUCCAUAAGACUUCAAAGGAUUAUAAGUGACAAUUAAAGAUCAAAAAUCUCAUGUUCUUUGUAUUCUUAAUGGUCCAGUCUGCCUUCAUUGAAGUUUGUUCCUUCACGUGUCCUUGUUCUUCGUCAGUUCUCAAUUUCAGCAUAAUUUGUUUAAAGUGUGUUAACCAAACACACACAUCAAUUGCUGCUGAAUACACGAGACAUUAAAACUCAAAUGUUGUGCUUGUAAAAUGUCUUUGAUUACCUAAUUGUGUGAAAGUGUUUAGUUAAAUAAUUUUCACUUAAAAUUUACAAAAAUAAAUUCUCUCUCUCUCUCUCUCUCUCUCUCUCUCUCUCUCUCUCUCUCUCUCUCUCUCCCUCUCUCUCCCCCACACACACACUCUCCCCUCUCUCCCUCUCUUUCUCUUCUUCUCCCCCCCUUCCACCCCUCUCUUUAAAAAGCAACAAUGCCAUUUUAAAAGUAAGUUAGACAAAAUGAAGAUAUGAUAUUCAGUUUACAGAAACUGAGGGGCUCGGGGCAGAUAAGUGUGUAUACAACUGCAAGAAUUUAUUAAACAUUCCAACAGUUUGCAUGUUUGCUCUAAUGCGAAGUGAUGGUGAGUUGUUUUGCCGACUGCUAUUGAAGUGCCUAGUUAUGGGCCCUGUUAUCGUUCUUGGCAAAAGAGUAAAUGAUUUGCAUUAAGAUUAGUAUAGCUAACAUAUUUGGUAUUACUAUUAUCAGAAAUACUGAGCAUUUGGUUUCAAUGUUGUCUCAGGGAGCCAAGUGUUUGAUGCUGGCAAUUAUUGCCCAUACUCUCCUGGUGAUAAUGUGCUUACUCUGGAUAGUUCAUUGUGAGUACUUACCUCUGUUAUGGCCUGACUUAGAAUAUUAUUGUAACUCCAACAGUACUGAUAAUUUUGGCAAAUGUAGUUUUCAACAUUCCUGCUGCACUUUUGUCUCAUAUUUCAUUGGUUCUUUACUCUCAUAAAAUGCAGUUCCAUUAACAAAAUAUUUUUUCUUUAUAAGUAACUGAUAGGUUACCUAGGUUGUAUAUGGAUUGUUAUUAUAUUAGAUAUCAUUAUGUUCAUUGCCAUUACAAGAACUCAUUUUGAAGUUAACAUCCCUCAAAAAAUAUUAUUUGAGACAGUUUGUGUUAUGUAGACAUUUAAUGAGGGCACAUCUAAAGUCUCAAGUAGUGAGUAUAACAGUGUUCAUGUUGAUAAGGGGCUAUAUAGGUAUGUCUUUAACAAUUUAAUGUUAAAGCACAUAAAAUGAGAGCUGAAGUGCCACAGGGUAAUAAAUAUACAUAGACACAUGUAUAAAGUGUUUUAAGAAUCUGUAUUCGUUGAACUAUUCUAUUGCACUGUGCUUUCUAGUUCUAAUAUAUUUUUAAGAGGACCCUUCACUGACUACACAAAAUAGGAAUGUCACUUUUAACCUAUAAUGUAUUUCUUGCUUUGCAAAGUCCCGGGGUUAAAUAUAUUGUGUUCUUUCAUGGUUACUAAUACAUCAUUCCAUUGGCAUUUUACUUUGUGUUCUUGCAGCACAUUCUGCACACAGGUAAUGUAUUCUGUGCCACAAAUGUAAGUUGUGUGCCUAAUUAAGUAGCAAACAGGGUGAUUUGAUAAGGGUUGGGGAGGUGAGUUUCUGUGCUCUCUUUCUUCGAACUGUUCAGCUAUUUACGGUUUCCUUUUUCUUAUAUUUUUAGAUUUGCAAAUAAAGCCUAUAUAGCUGUGUUCUUCUUUCUUAGAGCUCACCCCCCCCCCCCUUUCACUCAUUGUGAACAAUUAUUAUUAUUUUUAUUUUAUUUUGAGACAGGUUCCAUAUACUAUAUGAAAGCUCGGCCAAAGGUUUAGUUCACUGACAUUCCAGUAUCUUCCCAUCAUGUUAGAGGGAUUUCAGCAUAUUGCCAGAGGAAUCAGGAGAGUAAAACUGACAAGGGGGACAUGCUGUUGAUGUACAUGUGUUUCUCAUAGCAUUAUUGCUGUGGGAAAUUUGAAAUUCAUGUGACACCACUUUUAUAGAAGAUUAUGUCAGGUGAAUAGUUUGUACACAACUUUGUGGCAUUUAUUUGUGGAUAUACAAGUGAAUCAUACAUCAAAAAGUUGCCUUCCUGUAAAAGAUAUAUCAUUUGUAUUGUGCAUGUUCAGGGAUACUAUCUGCAUUGUGCAAAUGAUGAAUGGUCUCUGUGUGUUGCAGUCCAUAGUUCAGUCAUAUUAACAGGUUGCGGGUGUGCCAUAUGAGAAGAAUGUUCUUGUUACUUCCUUAGAUUGUCAGAGGAUGCUGUUUCCAUUUCUUUGUUGGUGGGAACUCUGGAAUGUCCGUGAAGGGAUUCAGAGUUGACAAUGGUAGAAGAAAUUUGAAGUUCUACUUAAAAUUAUUUUCCUUGCCUAAUUCUUCUCCCACUAAAUCAUUGUGAGAAACAGACCAGUCUCUGUUCUGCCUAUGACCCUUUCACUUAAGCUUAAGGACACCCUGAAAUAUUGCUAGAUUAUAACUGAGGUGUUUCAUUGGUGAAACUCUUGUCAGAGAGAGAGAGUAACUGUUAAGCUGCAUUAAAAGAUUAGCCAAUACCAUAAAAAUAUUCCAGAAUGGAACUAAAUAGUUGACAUUGCUUGCUGGAUGCAUAUGUGAUUCAGUACAACAUUUAGCCUCACUAUUGCACUUCAUUUGCUGUCCCAUUCUUGUUUCAUAGACACAAUUGCAAUGUCUAUUGCAAAAAAAAGAAAAAGGGCACGCUGGGAAAUAGAUAUUAAACUUCAUCACAAAAGUGGGUGAAAGCAUAUCAUAAAAAAUCCGAUUGUAUUAGUCACUAGAGAUUUCCUGUGGCAUAUUGUAAAAGCAAACAUAUGUAGUUUCCUUAGAUUUCCUGAAUGUCAUCUUAAGUACUUGUAUUCUGGUAUCCCUCAAGAGAGCCCUAGUAUAUGUGCCUUUGGGUGUUCUUCUGUGGAGACUUAAUUCAUAUUUUUUACUCUUCUGUCCAUGGAUAAAAUGAUAGGACACCAAAUAACUAAUGGAGAAGAAUUGUGUGUUAUUAAGGAAGUAAGUUUAAUUGGUAAUAUCUAAAACUGUCAUGUAUUGGUUUUGUAGCAUUUGUAAGUUGCCUCAUAAGAUAUAGAACUCUACAAAGAAUUUAUUUUAUUACAAAGUAUAUUUUACACUUUAAAUUGAAAGAUGUCACAGAAAUAUUCCGUAGAAAAAUUGUGUAGAAAUGGCGGGGACACCACUCCCUUUCCUCCCCCUUCUCUCUGUCUCUAUCUGUGUGGUGCAUGUUUUACUUCAUUAUGUUGAGUUUUUCAGUCAUUAAAUUAAAUGUUAGAAAUAAAUUGAGGAUUAAUCCAGCUGAAUGCAACUUCAGAGAUAUUAUAUAAGUAUAUGUGAAUGGAUAAAACACAAAGGAAGACAGGAGAAUUUAAAUGGAAGCAUGGAUAGUGGUUGCAAUUUAUUUACUGCAUUAUAAAAUUAUGCAGAGUACCGGUGAGGUGAUAAAUGAAAUAAAAAAAUUAUUAUAGAAAGAAGUUAAAAUUCUGAUUGGCAUGGAAAGAAGGUGUAGAGUGUAAGGUGAACUGAUGGGAGUAGGGAGGGGGAGGGGGGGGGCACAAUAAUGUAAAUUUGACAAAUCUGAUUUGAAAACAGCAUCACACAUGGAUGGUUUCAAAUAGUGUGGUUCUUAAGGCGUGUUUUGAAUUAGGAAAGGAAGUAAGUGCAUUUUUGUGCAAUAGAAUAACCACUGUAUAUUUGUUCAUCAAAAACCUUCAGUCUUCGUUUCUUCUAUUAUAAACGAACUAGGCCAAUCUCAUUUUCAGUUAACAACAUUUGAAAUUAUACAAGUAUGCAAUAGUAUGACUAAAUUUGUUUUCAUACUCUGUACCUUUUUAUCAUAUAUCCUUGUGUAAACCUUAUUGUUCGUGACAGAAACUAUUACAGUUUAAUAGUGAAAAAUUUACUAUAUUGAUCCUUGUGCAAAUUAUUUCCCUUAAACGAUUUUACAAAUUCUUGUGUAAAACUAACACUAUUUUUUGCACUGUUCACUUCUAAAUGAUCAUUACCUUGUUACGGAAAGAUUUAUUUAAUUUUCUAAAUGUAUAGCUUUGAUCCUUACCACAUUUUUCCCAAUAAAAAUUAAGCAUUGUAGGUGCUCAAGAAUCUCUCUCUGAAGCUCAUAUUGUAAACAAACAGUCGUUUAGCACUGGUUAGAUUUCCAGUGGUGCAUGUAGACUUCUUUGUGGAAAUUGUUUAUAAUUGUAAAAAUGUUGUACAUUAUUUAUCACAAAGAUAAAAUUGAGAGUAAAGAGUAAGGCAUUAAACAGUGUGAAAAUUUAAACAUUUAGUUUGUUGGCUUAAGUUUGCAUAUUAAUGUGAACCUUCACAGUGGGAGUGUAAGACCCUAAUAAAGUCUGAAACAGAAUUUCCACUGUGAUGUUUUUAAAUCAAGGUUUUAACAUUUUCAAUGUUUCCUUCAUUCCUUUUCUUUCAAAACCAACAUGUAUGUUGGAAUAUUGCAUCUGUAAACUGGGUAGUUGUUUUUUUGUGAAUGAAUCUAGUAUUAUUCUUUAAGUUACUGAUUUUGGAACAGUGAUUUUUAUAAGGUGGAAAAUUGUAUUCAUUUGUGUGAACAAUUUGUUGUAAUAGGCUGAUACUUUUGUGUGGAUGUUUCAUGUAAUCAGAUUGGAAAGGCUUGACAGAAAUUUAUCGUUCUAUCGUUCAUAGAAUAAGAAUACAUUGAACAUUUUUGUAGACUUCAACAAUUUUUGUGAAUUUUGGGAACUCACUUUUAUAGCCACAGCCUUUCAUUUGAGUGUAAAAUAUUGGGUUAAUGGAAAAUUGUGUUUUUGGCAUAGUAGGCUAAAAGCAAAAUAAUUUACUCAUUACCAUAUUCACAGGAGAUUUUUUCACAUUAAUAAGCAUUGUAAUAUGGUAGCCAUAACUAUUUUCCUCAGAGCUUAAACAAAAUGUAUCCACUUUAGAGGAGGAAAGAAAGAUAUUUUUCAGCACAAGGCUACCUAACAUGUUUUUACUAAUAGAUUAUGUUUUAUAAUUCCUAAUGUGUGCUUAGUUUUAUUUCUUUAAAUAGAAAAUGAAGAACUAGUAAAGAGCAACACCAAAGGAUUAGGAAGAGAUAGAUAUAAGUAAAUAGAUUUCAUUGUUGUACUGUUUUGUUAGCAAUAUUGACUCUGAUGCUUUGUGCAUUAUUACACUACAAAAUUUGAGACAUUGUUGGAUACAUUAUUAUCUGUGCAUUUAUUUUUUGUAUAGUAGUAUUAUAAAAUACAUUUUUUCUGGCAUUCAUAGUCACUGCUACAUUGUAAUACAUUUUGCAGAAUGCAUACUCUUAAAAUGAGUUUAUAUUAAUAAAAAUUGUAUCUACAGUUUGGUUAAAUAAAUUCUGUCGAUUUUCA